UGGCAACGAACUCUCCCGAUUGGUUUAUCGGGAAUCGGGUUUAUUGGUUUAUCGAGAUACGCUGACAAUGGGAACACUCGCUUCGUGAAAUAAUGAUGAUGGCGAUGUUCUCUUUCUCUCUUUCAUCUUUGGUGUUUCACAUUUCGUGAAAGUGUGAGACAGACGAAAUGUCAUUUUUCAAACAACUCUUACGAAUCGGCGCGAAAUUAGAAUAUCCCUGUUCUUCGAAUCUGUUCACACAGAAGUUGUGCCGACACUCCGUAUGCCAGAUCAACAAGCACUUCAUCAUGCCGCAUCGAGCAAUACGAUAAGAAGAUUGAGUAAUUCGACAUUCCAAUGUUCGAAAGUUCUCUUACGUCACCUAAUUUCCUAACGGAAAUCGUGUUUUUCUACAUUUCUCAUAGUGCAGUCUCAUGUUUCGGGAUCGAUCAUGUUGAUAUGUCAAAGAAUGUGUAUUUAUUAAGCUGUGUAAAUUAAACAUUGAAGAAAGAGAUUUAGUCAGGUCUAUUUCGUGCUGUGUGUGUUUAAGUAUCGCCAUCCACAUUACCGUUUAUCUAACAUAAAGAUUUCGCGUUAUCGGUUUUCCGAAGUCUUCCCACGUUCCUUAUCUGCUGCGUCAAUCGUGGGCCAUUUUUGUCCCUUUUAUAACUGUGAAAGAAUAUCCUACCUUUUCUGAAGCCUUCUGGCAGCGGUGGGACAGAAAAAUGUAGCAGGAAAUAAGGGGAAGGCUGCUCGAAAACGGAGAAAAGUUUAUUGUCAGAUAUCGCAAAUGUGUUGAAACGACGCUGCAGAUCUUCGCAGUGUAAACGGAGAUUUCUAUUGUGCUGGAACUAAAAGGGAGAGAAAGAGACGAGUUGCUUGAAAAUUAUGUUGAACGCGUAUAAAUGAUGAAAGUUAUCGGAAGAGAUAACUGCAUGUCGAUAUAAUCGUUUUGAAAUGGAAUUAAAAUUUCUUUGUAACGAUAUUGAUAGCGCCAAGUAUAUUUUUAACCUUUACAGAGAAUAGAUCAAAUAUUCUUUGUUUGGGUCACCACUUCGGAAUUAUUUAUAUAUUUGAAAUAAUAAAAUAUAAUUUCCACGUAUGACAUGUAUUAAUAAUGAUUGAACGUCCCUACAUCUUUAAUGACAUGCGCUGAGUACUCGGUAUAAUUAUCUGCAAAUAUGAUACGCUAUAUACACUAACGAAUGUAAAAUAUUGCUAACGUAUUAUUGCGUGUCCACUAAACAAGAAUAAAUAUGAAGGAGGAAUAAUUGAGAAUAUGCGAAGUACGCUCCUUCGUCUUCAAAGCGUGUGUUAAGAAGAGAAGAGAGAAAAAGAGAAAGAGAGAGAGAGGAAGAAAAAAAAGAAAGGUAUUCUCACACUGCAACUUCGCUGUUCUCAAACUGUCUGUCCUUCUCCAACGAAACCGUAGAAACAUCUGCCUCUUCCAAGAAGGUGGUCUCAAGAUAAUGCCGCAUGGAAACGUGCUCUGUACAUACAAAGUUGCUGGCUUCUUCCAGAAGACGAAGACACGUUUUUCUCCGAUUCCAUGAAUUGUGAACCUAUAUAUUUCCCUUUUUCUUCACGUACUUUAUUCAUCUCGUGACGGAUCCCCAUGACUGAAAAUAUUUUCCAGACUGGCCUCUGCUGAAAUUUAUGUUCCGACAUGCUUUCCGUUUCUUAUUCUUUUUUUAAUUCAACGUCGAACGUGCCACAGAGAAAAACACCACGCUACAAUAUUUUACGGCUUUCUCCCUUUGUUCGUUGCUUCCGUCCUUCCGUUUGGCUUUUCCGCUUGGUUUGAAUUCCGUUUGGCUUUUAUCGUAUAAGAGGAAGUCGAUAGAGGAGCUUUUAAUCAAAGCCGCGAGUACAUCCGUCUUUACGAAGUGUUCAUCUUCAAAAUUGCCAACGUGAGUCACUCGACGUAUAUCGUUACGACGUAUACAUUAUGAUUAUCAUUGAUAAAUGAUGCUCCACAACAUUUUAUUAUUUACGGUUAUUACUUAGUGACGAAACAUACACGUUUGUGUCAAAUUAAUAGUAUAUCGUACGUAUUCGAUGACACACUCUCCAUUUAUCUGUAACUACUCGACUUUUCCCACAGUAUUCGAGUAUUUAAUGACGACCAUGUGGUACACUAAGAAAAAAAAGGAGGGCAAAUCACCAAGUGAUAACAGCGCGUGGUUUAUUAUUUCCUCUGGAUGGAGUCGGGUGUCUUUUUUCAGCAUCCGGUUAUUUAAAACCAUUUCAGUUAUGCCAUGGAUCUCCCCUAUCGCAUACAAAGCACAACUUUUCGUAUCUCUUUAUGCACACACAACCCAGUAUCUUGAACUUCCUUUUAAACCGUUCCAACGCGUCGUCAUACGACGUUUUACGUGCAAACAGUACGAACAUUGUCAAAUAUAUGCCGGUCCUCGUGUGUCAUUCAACGACACGCAGGCUGUGUCUCGUAAUUGAAACGUAUCAGAGGGAAUAUCCUAACGGUAUCCGAGAAAACGGUCUGAUAGCCGCGAAUAUUUUCUUCGUCCAUCCAACGACGAUCAUCGAUCAUGCCGAGAGACCAAAGGGAACGCGAGGGGCAAAGACCUCGGGUGAUGUAGGGCCUCCGUUGCAUUUACAAGAUGUUCUGGAAAGCCGACGAUGAGGCCAUCGUGGCAGGCUAUUAUAUGAGCACAGGUGUCGGUGCAGAUGUCGCGUAGCAGACGGUCUGCCACGCGCGCUCGAUCGACGCGGUGCCGUCUCGAAAUUUUAAUAAAACGCGCGCGCGCGCGCGGGAGAGCGAGUGAAAGAGGAAGAAAGAGGGCCGUCGCCGGACGGCCGUGUGUUUGCCUUGCGCCGCGCAAGUGUGACUGAACAAACAUGUAUGCACGCAUCACGAUACACUGAAUACACACGAUACGCGCCGUGCAUCUUAUCCUUGCACAUCUCCGCACAGAUCUCCAAUAUGAAUCUAUCAGACAACGUGCGCUCGUAGGUGGUGAUCACGUCGGAGCGGCCGAGGACUCGCGGUGUCUCGUAAGAUCUCAGGCUGAACGUCGAGACUUCAGUUCCUCUCUUUGCGCUAGGUAGAAGUCGAGAUGUUGUGAUGGCUGGUAGAUCACGACGUUCGAGCACAGAGCUCGAACCAGAUCUAUCGACGCCAACGGCUGCAAAGAAAUCCAAGCAAUCUGAAACAUUAUCCGAAGAACUGCCCGCGGAAGAGGACUUGACGAAAUUGGAAAUCAUCGAGUCACCGUCCACGAGCGAAAUCUCUUCACGGACCGAAAUUGUUCAGAAAAGGAGCGAACAGCUCGGAGAAAUUGCAGAACCUGCGGAAGCGUCGAAACAAUCGUCGCUGGCCGGUGAGACGUCAUUGGGCUCAGCUGAAACAAGCGUGGAAUUGUUUGAACAGAAGACAGACGCCACCGCGACUUCAGCGGAAGCGACUCCGGGUUCAUCGAAGGAAGAACAGCUCGGUACAUUGAAAUCCAUUGUAAUGAAGUACGGCAAUCAACGCGAGCUCUCUGAUGCCUCCGGCAAAACACCAGAAACCACCGUCCAGAUUCAAACAUUCUUGCUGGGCGAACAUGCGUCGUAUGAGGAACUGUCUCUUAUCGGGAACGGCGCUUACGGCACAGUAUACAAAGCGAAAGAUAAGGUUAGCGGUCAAAUCGUAGCACUUAAGAAAGUUCGGGUACCUUUGACGGAAGACGGCCUACCUAUGUCCACACUGAGGGAAAUCGCUACUCUGAAGCAGCUUGAACGAUUCGAACAUCCACAUAUCGUCAAAUUACUAGAUGUUUGUCAAGGAAGCUAUCUCGAUUUACCGUCGAGCGAGCGAUCCGGUCGAUUGGAUCGCGGCCUCACCCUGUGGUUAGUGUUUGAACAUGUGGAAAGAGAUCUCGCUUCCUACAUAGCUAAUUGUCCUCCGACGGGUAUCCCUCCGUAUCUCGUGAGGCAAAUGUCGAAAGAGAUACUUUGUGGAGUAGAGUUCCUACAUAGCCAUAGGAUAAUACACAGGGAUUUAAAGCCGCAAAACCUCCUGGUAACGCGAGAUGGAAGAAUCAAAAUUGCGGAUUUCGGACUGGCUAAGACCUAUGAUUUCGAAAUGAGAUUAACUUCCGUCGUCGUAACUCAGUGGUACCGAGCGCCUGAAGUACUUUUGGGAUGUUCCUACGCCACUCCUGUAGAUAUUUGGUCCGUCGGGUGUAUAAUGGCGGAACUUUACAAAUUGGAGCCAUUAUUCCCGGGUACCAGUGAAGGGGACCAAUUAGACAGGAUUUUUCAAGUUGUGGGUACUCCAUCGCAGCAAGCGUGGCCAGAGAACGUAUCACUCAGUUGGACAGCUUUCCCUCACAGACAACCCAAACCUCUUAGUGCAAUAAUACCAGAUCUAGAUGAACAUGGACUAGACUUAGUAAAGAAUAUGCUCAUGUUUGAUCCUCAUAGUCGUAUAACCGCAGCACAAGCUGUAAGACACCGAUACUUUUCUGAAGAUGACGCGUGAUGACUUUUCCGUAAGUUGUUUACCGCUAAGUAAGCUAGCAAACAUUCAGACUGACGUAAUUGUAUUUCGAAAUAUAUAUGACAUUUAAGCACUAUGAUAGUCUGUAAAAUACACUUUUAAGUAUGUCAUUAUACAUAUAUAUCAGAAGCAUAUUAGAGAUUUAAUAGUCUCUAAUUCGAGUGUUAGAGAGAUUCACUAAGACUCACUUGUGCUUAUAAACGUUACGAAUUCAAUUAAUGCUUAAAAUUAAAGCUUAAAUUUCUUGCAUCAAAAUUAAAUAUAGUUUCGUAGUCACUAUAUGUAAUCCAUUAUACUAUUUUCACAUUAUUGGUUUUGUAGAAUUAAUUUUUUAACAUUAAAUCGUAAUAAUAUAAUAAUUCUUUAAAGUUCGUGAAACACAAACCUAAGUAAUAUUUAAGUUAUCCUAUACUUUAAUGCAUAAUGCAAUAGCAAAACAGUUAUUAUUUUUGAUAUUUAUUUACACGAUAAUAUUACAGUCAGUUGUAUUUUUAUAUUGUUAAAAAUUACAUAUUCUCCAUCAUUCAUAUCUUUUAUUUCACACUAUCAGUGGUCGUAUGCACACAGCAUUUAUAUUAAUUAGUUUCUAAGAUAAAAUAUAUAACUACGAACAAUCUUAUUAGAAGUCAAAAAACGAAUAUAUAUAACAUAAUAGCUUUAUUGUAGAGAUGUAUGACUUUCAUUCGAUGCACAAAUAUUAAACUAAAUGGUAGAAUAAAAAGAUAAGUAUGUUAAUCACAUAAGUAGAAUUAUUUUUCUAAGACUGGGGCCUUUUGUGUGACCCAUUAGAACCAUGGGAAAGAUUUAGGAUCUUCCAGAGAAAACCAGAAAAUACACUGCCAUACAUAUGUACCAUAAGCUAUUGCAAUCGCUAUUAUAUUUUUUAUUACUGUACUAUAUAUCGACAACAAAUGUAUAGAGCAAUAAGUGACACAAUAUUUAUAUGGAUAUUAACAUGUAUUAUUAUGUUAAGAUAUAGAAAAUAGAUAAACGCAUUGUAUUAAUAUAUAUAUACAAAUAUCUAUAAGACUGUAUUAUGAAAUAAAAGUUUUAUAAUUUUAUAUGUA